AUGGCGACUGGAUCAUCAUACCCCAGCAUCAGCGCCAACCUCGACCUUCGCGGAGAGCAAUAUCAGUCGAAUAAGGCAGGCUGGAUACCCAUUCUUGACAAGUUCGAGGAUGCUCUCAAACAAGUCUCUUUCGAAGGAAAUGAUGCUUCUCUUCUUCGCCAUCAGCAGCGUGGCCAACUCUUACCCCGCGAUCGAAUUUCUCUCCUGCUAGACCAAGACUCACCUUUCCUGGAGGUUUGCGCCUUUGCUGGAUACGGGAACAGUGAAGCUACCCCCGGAGGAAAUAUCAUCGCAGGUAUUGGAAAUGUGUGCGGCAAGCCAUGUUUCCUUCUAUCACAUGUGCCGACCUCCCAAGGAGGAGCAUGGAACACCAUGACUGGUAUUGUCAUCUCCCACGAUCUACCAAUUGACAAAGCUGACCAAUACGCAGUCCUGAAGGUGAAUCGCUGUUUGGAGAUCGCGACUGAAAAUGAUCUUCCCCUCAUCUCGCUCGUGCAAUCUGCUGGCGUUUUCCUGCCGCAGCAACGCACCGUUUUCCACAAUGGUGGCAAGCUCUUCUAUGACCUUGCGAAGAGAUCAGCCGCUGGAAAGCCGUCAUGUGCAAUCGUCUUCGGAUCCUCGACUGCAGGAGGCGCUUAUCACCCCGCAUUGUCUGACUACACCAUUUUCGUUGAAAAUCAAGGCCAGGCCUUUCUCGGUGGACCGCCUUUGGUCAAGAUGGCCACUGGAGAGGUUAUCGAAGCCGAGGAGCUGGGAGGUGCCAAAGUUCACGCUACAAUGACAGGACUGGCGGACCAAAUUGCGACUGACGAGUUUGAUGCUAUCCAGAAGUCUCGGGAAUGGGUUGCCUCGCUGCAGAUGCGCGCUAAACCAACACCCGGGCUGAUCGAACCGGCCGCACCGCGUUAUCCAGCCGAAGACUUACUCUCCCUGGUCAACACGGACAUUCGGAAGCCCUUUGACAUGAGUGAAGUCUUGCUCCGUCUUGUCGAUGACUCGCGUCUUUCCACAUUCAAGCCCAAGUACGGACCAAAUAUCAUCACGGCGUGGGCACACAUAAUGGGACAUCCCGUCGGUAUUGUGGCAAACCAAAUCUCGGUCAUAAACCCCAACGAGGCUGUCAAGGCCGCAGCCUUUAUAAGAAUCUGCAACCAACAAAACACUCCAAUCGUCUUCCUUCACAAUGUUACCGGGUUCAUGGUCGGAGCCAAAGCCGAGCACGCCGGAAUCAUCAAAAUGGGUGCCCAGCUGGUAUCCGCCGUCAGCUGCUCCAAGGUCCCGCAUAUCUCCAUAAUCCUAGGAGCUUCCUACGGAGCAGGCAAUUAUGCGAUGUGCGGGAGGUCAUACAAGCCGAGAUUCCUGUUCACCUGGCCCACCGGGAAGUGUAGCGUGAUGGGAGCUGAUCAAUUGGCCGGUGUCAUGGAAACCGUGCAAUCGAAGAGUGCCCAAGCGAAGGGAAAGACGAUUUCACCAGAAAAGCUACAGAAACAGAUUCAGACGUUCAGGGACACGGCACAGAGAGAUGCCGAGUCCUAUUCUACGAGCUCGUCGCUCAUCGAUGAUGGUAUUAUCGACCCUCGGGACACUCGGGACGUGCUGGGUAUGUGCUUGGAAGUGGUUUCUAUUCAAGGGGUUCAAGGUGCGGAGUCGCAUAUGGGACUUGCGAGAAUUUGA